AUGGCUUUUAAUACACCAGAUUAUGAAUUACCUUCAAGUCCUUAUUAUUUGCAUCCUAGUGAAAAUCCUUCACUGAUCUUGGUUUCACCAUUAAUGAAUGGGCAGAAUUAUCAUUCAUGGGCUAGGUCUAUGUGUAUGUGUUUGCUUUCAAAGAACAAAUUGAAGUUUGUUGAUGGCAGUAUAGCAGUUCCAGCAAAGAGUGAUUCUUUAUUUUCUGUUUGGGAGCGUUGCAACACUAUGGUACUUUCUUGGAUUCUAAGGUCUUUAACUCCUUCUAUUGCUCAAAGUAUUCUUUGGAUAGACAAUGCUUUAGAUGUCUGGAAAGAUUUGCAUGAUAGGUUUUCUCAAGGGAAUGUUACUAGGAUUUCUGAUUUACAAGAGGAGAUUUAUAGUUUUAAGCAAAACAAUCUUUCAGUCACUGACUAUUUUACUCAUUUAAAGAUGUUAUGGGAUGAGUUAUCUAAUAUGAGAAUGAUUCCAGUUUGUAUGUGUAUUCCUCAAUGCCAUUGCAAUGCUUUAACUCUGGUUAAAGACUAUCAAGAAGCAGAUUGUGUAAUAAGGUUUUUAAAAGGAUUGAAUGAAGGUUAUUCUGUUAUUAGAACUCAGGUUUUAAUGUUAGAACCUUUACCUAAGAUCAACAAAGUAUUUUCUUUAGCUUUGCAGCAUGAAAGAGAAUUAGGAAUUGGAUCAAAUGUUUCACAAACUAUUGACCCUCAUGUUUUUGCUGCUCAGUCUAAUUCUUUUAAUAGACAGUCUUAUAAUGGUAAUAGAGGUCAGAAUAAUAGGUUUUUUAGGCCUCCAAUGGGUUCUAAUUCUGGACAGAAUGUACAAGGAGGACAAAAGAAAUUUUAUACUAAUCCUAAUAUUGGUAAACCUAUGUGUAGUCAUUGUGGUUUUUCUGGUCAUACUGUUGAUAUAUGCUUCAAGAAGCAUGGUUAUCCUCCUGGUUAUAAACCUAGGUAUAAGCCUCAGACUUAUGUUAAUCAAGUUGGAGAAAUGGUUAUUAAUGAACAAGAAGAUAGUUAUGGUUUAGAGCAGGCUUAUUCUUAUGAAGAUUGUGGUUAUGAAGGACAACAGGUUUAUGGUAAUGAAACUGGUUUUGGUUAUGACAAAACUAUGGCUCAAGGUCAAGUUCAGGAUAAAAAUAUUGCAACUCAUUCCGCUAAUGCGUCAAAUGUUAACUCUGCACCUCCUAUAACUCAAGAUCAGUAUGCACAGUUGAUGUCUCUUCUAUAA